UCCGCGAAUGAACAUCUGCGUUUUAUUGGUUGGUAGAAUCAUACCUAAAAAUAGCAACGAGAUUGUAUUGCAUCACGCGAAGGUUUACAGCAAGUGUGUUCAUUUGUGAGUGCUUUGUGUUUACUUGCGUUUCUGUGGUUAAAGGUUUAACAUGGAGAAAAGCCCGAAUCCUCCACCAUAUAGUUGGAAUAAUGGGCACACAAUGCAGCCGCCGCCGGCUGCUCCACCUAGCUAUUCCCAAGCUGUUGGAGGAGUAGGACCUUCUAGUCCAUACACUCCCCAAUACUCUCCAUCAUCAGGGCCAGCAAUUGUCACAACAGUAGUGCCAGUGGGUCCACAACCCACACACAUGAUAUGCCCCAGUUGCCAUGCAGAGAUGAAUACUUACACACAGACAAAGCCAGGGCUUAUUGCCUAUAUAUCGGGAACAGUUAUAUGUUUGAUGGGAGGAUUUUUAGGUUGCUGCUUGAUUCCAUGCUGUAUAGACAGCUGCAUGGAUGUCCAUCACAAGUGUCCCAACUGUGGGGCUUAUCUUGGUCGAUACAGGCGAUAAAAAAUUUUUGUUUUCACAAUGAGCCAUGGGAUUUUUUUUACCGCAGCAAGUAAUGGUCUAUUUCCAAGCACCUCACUAUCUAUCUACUUUAGACAAUAACUGCCUUGUAGACUGACUGUACUGGUGUAAUUUUUUUUCACAUCACACUUUCAAAACAAAGAGAUGUCUAUAUUAUAAAUUAAAUGUCCACAUCAUUAUGUGUAGUAGAAAUUACUAUUAAGACAUACCUGACUAAUUAAUAAACAAGGUCACUCAUUAUUUAACAAAUUGACAAACUGACAAAUUUGGUGUCAAUUGACAACUAUUAAUUAUAAUUUUCUAAAAAUCAAAAUUUGCAUCAUAUAUAAAUAUAUACACAAAACCAUGCUUAUUAAUAAGCCAGGUUAUUAUAUUAUAAAAUGUAUUGAAAUGGUAUAAUUUAUCUUAAAAUGUUUCUCUAAGCCCAGUUUAAUGUAACUGAAUAGGAAUAAGUAUUUAAUAUUAUUAAUAAGGUAUCUUUUGUGUAUUUUUUAUAAAAAUAUAUUAUGUACAAUUUUUAUAUUUUAGGAUUUUGGAAUAUUUAACUUACAAUGUUGAUCUUGAUGAAUUAUUUUAAAUUAUUAUGAUU